UUCUGGAGGUGUUGUACUGUGUUCUGAUUGAGAGUCCAGAAGUGUUGAAUAUUAUUCAGGAGAAUCACAUUAAAUCAAUUAUCUCUCUCCUGGACAAGCAUGGGCGCAACCACAAGGUUUUGGAUGUGCUGUGCUCCCUGUGUGUUUGCAAUGGCGUGGCUGUGAGAUCUAACCAGAAUCUCAUCACAGAGAACCUACUUCCAGGUCGUGACCUCCUUCUUCAAACCAACAUUAUUAACUAUGUAACCAGCAUGAGACCCAACAUUUUCCUUGGAACUUGUGAAGGAUCCACUCAGUAUAAGAAGUGGUACUUUGAGGUGAUGGUGGAUCACGUGGAGCCGUUCAUUACCCCCCAGGCGUAUCACCUGCGAGUGGGUUGGGCUCUGACGGAGGGCUACAGUCCUUACCCCGGUGGAGGGGAAGGAUGGGGGGGUAACGGGGUCGGCGAUGACCUCUACUCCUACGGCUUUGAUGGGCUUCACCUGUGGUCAGGGCGCGUACCACGGCAUGUUGCUUCUCCUAGCCAACACACUCUGGCAGCAGAGGACGUGGUCAGCUGCUGUUUAGAUCUAAGUGUGCCGAGCAUCUCCUUCCGUAUCAAUGGACACCCUGUGCAGGGAAUGUUUGAGAACUUCAACCUCGACGGCCUCUUCUUUCCAGUUGUCAGCUUUUCUGCAGGCGUUAAGCUACGGUUUCUUCUUGGGGGCCGUCAUGGGGAUUUCAAGUUUCUUCCCCCUCCAGGCUAUGCGCCCUGUUCUGAGGCAGUGCUGCCAAGGGACCGAUUGCGGAUUGAGCCCAUUAAGGAAUAUAAACAUGAUUUUAAUGAUGUUCGCAACCUGCUCGGUCCAACCCAGUCCCUGUCUCACACGGCGUUCACUCCCUGUCCUGUGGACACAAUUCAGAUUGUGCUUCCUCCUCAUUUGGAGCGCAUUCGAGAGAAACUCGCAGAAAACAGUCAUGAGUUAUGGGCCGUUAAUCGCAUUGAACAAGGGUGGACAUUUGGACUGUUUCGUGACGACAACAAGAAGAUGCACCCCUGCCUGGUAGAUUUCCAGAGUUUACCUGAGCCGGAGAAGAACUACAAUUUAGCAAUGUCAGGAGAGACACUGAAGACUCUGCUAGCUCUGGGCUGUCAUGUGGGGAUGGGAGAUGAGAAAGCAGAGGAAAAUCUGAAAAGGACCAAGCUCCCUAAAACCUACAUGCAAAGUAAUGGAUACAAGCCAGCUCCCUUGGAUCUCAAUCACGUCAAACUGACUCCAAAUCAAAACACUCUAGUGGAGAGACUGGCAGAAAAUGGACACAACGUGUGGGCAAGAGACCGGGUUCGACAGGGCUGGACAUACAGUAUUGUGCAGGACAUAUUGAACAAGCGUAAUCCCCGUCUGGUUCCCUACAACCUGCUGGAUGAAAAGACAAAAAAGACCAACAGAGACACAGUUUGUGCAGCAGUUCGCACUCUUAUCGGCUAUGGAUACAACAUAGAACCACCCGAUCAGGAGAGUAGCGGGCAUGGACCGGGCAGCUCCCGUGGCGAUAAAAUAAGAGUGUUCAGAGCCGAGAAAUCUUACGCCGUCACACAGGGGAAGUGGUACUUUGAGUUUGAGGCUGUGACUGUUGGAGAGAUGAGAGUGGGCUGGGCCAGGCCUUGUGUUCGUGCGGAUACUGAACUCGGUGCUGAUGAGUUGGCCUAUGUCUUCAAUGGCUUCAAGGCCCAACGUUGGCAUAUCGGAAACGAGCCAUUUGGCCGCCAGUGGCAGUAUGGUGAUGUGGUGGGCUGUAUGAUCGACCUCACAGAAAUGAACAUCAUGUUCACGCUCAAUGGAGAAAUGCUGAUCAGUGACUCAGGCUCAGAAAUGGCUUUUAAGGACAUUGAGAUAGGGGAAGGUUUCAUACCCGUGUGCAGCCUGGGGCUGUCGCAGGUUGGUAGAAUCAACCUGGGUCAGAAUGUCAGUAGUCUUCGUUACUUUACCAUCUGUGGCCUGCAAGAGGGAUUCGAACCAUUUGCUAUCAACAUGAAGCGAGACAUUACCAUGUGGUUCAGUAAAAGCCUUCCCCAGUUUAUCACUGCUCCUACAGAUCAUCCACAUAUUGAGCUAUCACGUGUUGACGGGACGGUUGACACUCCCCCUUGUCUCAAAGUGACUCACAAGACAUAUGGGUCUCAGAAUGCCAACACGGACUUGCUGUUCUUCAGAGUCAGCAUACCGAUUGAAUUUCACGAGACCUUUAAAGUCCCUGCGGGGACAACGCUCCUAACUCGGGCGCUGACCAUUCCCGAAGACCAGGUUUUAGAGGUCGACCCAAACUCUGACUUUGAAAUACUCAAGAAGUCAGCCACUCGCAAAGAACAGGAAGAUGAUAAGAAGGAGCCCUCCGUGCCUAAAGAGACUCUGGCCAUCAAAAAUGGAGAGAACGAGAAAGAUGCCUCUACUGAGAAAAGCAAGAAGAAAGGAUUCCUUUUUAAGGCAAAGAAGGCUGCAUUAAUAACUCCACCCCCUGUCGUUCCCACUCUGCCUCGCUUAGUGGAAGAUGUCGUACCAGAUGACCGGGAUGACAUGGACAUAAUCCUGAACACCACAACUUAUUAUUACUCAGUGCGAAUAUUCGCAGGACAGGAACCAGGGGGCGUGUGGGUAGGCUGGGUCACACCAGACUAUCACCAGUACGAUCUUCACUUUGACCUCAGCAAAGUGAGAAACGUAACAGUAACUGUUGGGGACGACAGAGGAAACAUUCACGACAGCAUAAAGCGCAGUAAUUGUUACAUGGUGUGGGGAGGAGAGUUUGGCAACUCCCAGCAAACCCGCGUCAGUCAGGAGGACUUUGUGAUUGGCUGCCUCGUUGAUUUGGACACAGGACUCAUGACUUUCACCGCCAACGGAAAAGAGAUAAAUACCUUCUACCAGGUGGAGCCGAACACGAAGCUUUUCCCGGCCGUCUUCGUUCAGCCUUCCAACCAGAAUGUGAUUCAGUUUGAACUCGGCAAGCUCAAGGUAAACGUCCAUGACCUCCUCUGUUACUCACCCUUUAUCCACACUGCGGCUGCACAGAUUAAGAG